AUGUUGGCAAAGAGAGCGGAGUCGCGCAAAGUUGUUGGAAUUCUUGCGCUGCAAGGAGCAUUCGUCGAGCACCAGGCAGCCUUAGAGAAACUAGCUUUUCAGUAUCGAUUAGAAGUGAUACUUGUGAAGACGCCUGAGGAGCUUGCAAGAUGCGACGCUUUGGUGAUCCCUGGAGGAGAAAGCACGACGAUUGCGCUGCUCGCCCGUCUAUCUGGCGUCCUGGAUCCUCUUAGAGAGUUUGUCAGGACGAAGCCUGUGUGGGGUACAUGUGCUGGGGCGAUUCUUCUCUCUCAAGCGGUUGAAAAUGCGAAGAAGGGCGGCCAGGAACUGUUGGGUGGGAUGUCGAUUACGACUGCUCGGAAUGGAUGGGGAUCCCAGGUGGAGUCAUUUGAGGCUGCCCUGACCGUCGAUGGUCUACAGAGCCCAGACGUUCCUUUCACCGGCGUCUUCAUCCGUGCACCCGUUGUCGUUAAGCUGCACCCUGCACCCGAGGACCCUCCGAUCCUGGUCGUCGCGCGUCUAUCGCCCCACCUACUCCCGCCUUCGCUCGCCUCCCCGCACCACUCUGACGAGCCGAAGAUCUUCGUCGCGCUGCGGCAGGGCAAGCACUUCCUCACGACGUUCCAUCCUGAGUUGACUGAUGACAAUCGGUUUCAUGAGUACUUUAUUCGGGAAUGUGUAUUUUCUCAGUGCCGGUGA